GCGGGAGAGGAGGAGCCGCAGGAACUGCAGCUCUGCCAGCUUGGGCCGAGCCUUGGAGACCCCGGCCUGGCUGGUCCCUGCCAGCCGCAGAGACGGAGGCUGAGCAUGGAGCUGUCCCCCCGCAGCCCUCCCGAGAUGCUAGAGUCGGACUGCCCUUCACCCCUGGAGCUGAAGUCAGCCCCCAGCAAGAAGAUGUGGAUUAAGCUCCGGUCUCUGCUUCGCUACAUGGUGAAGCAGUUGGAGAAUGGGGAGGUAAACAUUGAGGAACUGAAGAAAAACCUGGAGUACACAGCGUCUCUGCUGGAGGCCGUCUACAUAGAUGAGACUCGGCAAAUCCUGGACACAGAGGAUGAGCUGCAGGAGCUGCGGUCUGACGCGGUGCCUUCGGAGGUGCGGGACUGGCUGGCCUCCACCUUCACCCAGCAGACCCGGGCCAAAGGCCGCCGAGCGGAAGAGAAGCCCAAGUUCCGGAGCAUCGUACACGCGGUGCAGGCGGGCAUCUUCGUGGAGCGGAUGUUCCGGAGAACAUACACCUCUGUGGGCCCCACCUACUCCACUGCGGUCCUCAACUGUCUCAAGAACGUGGACCUUUGGUGCUUUGAUGUCUUUUCCUUGAACCGGGCAGCAGACGACCACGCCCUGAGGACCAUCGUUUUUGAGCUGCUGACUCGGCACAACCUCAUCAGCCGCUUUAAGAUUCCCACUGUGUUUUUGAUGACUUUCCUGGAUGCCUUGGAGACAGGCUAUGGGAAGUACAAGAACCCUUACCACAACCAGAUCCAUGCAGCUGACGUCACCCAGACGGUCCACUGCUUCUUGCUCCGCACAGGGAUGGCGCACUGCCUGUCGGAGAUUGAGGUCCUGGCCAUCAUCUUUGCUGCAGCCAUCCACGACUACGAGCACACUGGCACCACCAACAGCUUCCAUAUCCAGACCAAGUCGGAAUGUGCCAUCCUGUACAACGACCGCUCAGUGCUGGAGAAUCACCACAUCAGCUCGGUUUUCCGAAUGAUGCAGGACGACGAGAUGAACAUCUUCAUCAACCUCACCAAGGAUGAGUUUGUAGAGCUGCGGGCUCUGGUCAUCGAGAUGGUGUUGGCUACAGACAUGUCCUGCCAUUUCCAGCAAGUGAAGUCCAUGAAGACAGCCUUGCAGCAGCUGGAGAGGAUUGACAAGUCCAAGGCCCUGUCUCUGCUGCUUCAUGCUGCUGACAUCAGCCACCCCACCAAGCAGUGGUCAGUUCACAGCCGCUGGACCAAGGCCCUCAUGGAGGAAUUCUUCCGCCAGGGUGACAAGGAGGCAGAGCUGGGCCUGCCCUUUUCUCCGCUCUGUGACCGCACUUCCACCCUGGUGGCGCAGUCCCAGAUUGGCUUCAUCGACUUCAUUGUGGAGCCCACGUUCUCUGUGCUCACCGAUGUGGCUGAGAAGAGUGUCCAGCCCACCGGGGACGACGACUCCAAGUCUAAAAACCAGCCCAGCUUCCAGUGGCGCCAGCCUUCUCUGGAUGUAGAAGUGGGAGACCCCAAUCCUGACGUGGUCAGCUUCCGCUCCACCUGGACCAAAUACAUUCAGGAGAACAAGCAGAAAUGGAAGGAACGGGCGGCAAGCGGCAUCACCAACCAGAUGUCCAUUGACGAGCUGUCCCCCUGUGAGGAAGAGGCCCCCGCCUCCCCUGCUGAGGAUGAGCACAACCAGAACGGGAAUCUGGACUAGCGGGGCCUGGCCCCGGUCCUCACUGAAUCCAGAGUGUUUGAUGUCAUCAGCACCAUCCAUUGGGACUGGCUGCCCCAUCUGCUCCGAGGGAGCAUGGACAUCGAGGAACAGAAAACCCACCCAAAGGACGAAUGCCAGAGAUUGUGGGGUUGGGGGAAGGGCCCCUCCCCACCCGACACCCAUUGGGGUGCACUUUACUCUCCCGGUGGCAAGACUGGGGAACUUCGGGCUCCCAAUGGUCACUGUGUCCAUCCCCCUGCCUCUGGACUCUCCCCGUGGCCAGAUGACUGGUUGGUUGGGAGCUUCCUGGAGGUUUCCCAGGGCUUGGGGGGAGGGUUGGAGAUGCCAGCCCCCUGGGCCCUCCCCCAUCCUUUUUGCCUCCAAGUUUCUAAGCAAUACAUUUUGGGGGUUUCCUCAGCCCCCACCCCAGAUCUUAGCUGGCAGGUCUGGGUCCCCCUUUUCCUCCCCUGGGAGGGGCUGGAACAGGAUAGGAAGCUGGGGGUUUUCUGAGCUCUGUGCACAGGGGCGUGGGCUCCUUCAGGGCAUGGCACCUUUCUAGGGCCUGGCAAUGGGGCAUCCUCUGUACCCCAGACCUGCACUGCUUCACCCCCACCCCGCCCAGACUCUUCAGUCUUCCCUCUCUCCCAUUCUGGAAUGGUGACUGGGGGAGGAGGUGCCAUAGCCACCAGGGGCUGAGAGGGGGGCCUCUCCUGGGGUCCUCAAGGACUUGGGUUUCGGCUCUGGGGCUUGUCACCUGCCCUGGCCGAGUCCUGACCCUGUCGCCUCCUUCCCCUCCCCUGGGGCCAGGAGGCUCCCAUCCGACCAAUGUCUGUAAAGUGCUUUGAGGUCUCCCCAGAAAAGCACCUUCAGGAUGCAUCCUAGAGCUCAGGCAGGAGAGCUGGGUUGGGGUCAAGGGCGCACGGGGAGGGUGAGGUGUCCUCAGUAAUCCUGCGUUGCUGACAGAGAGGGUCCCUCCCCUCCCAGCCCCGGCCCAGGAGGCCCUUUCCUGGGACAAGUGAGGAGUAGCAGGUGGAAGGCAGCUGGGCAGAGGCUCCGGAGUGCUGCUGUCGCCUCCUCUGCGGCCAGCCCAGCCAGGCCCCGGCCCUUCCUCUCCUCAGGCUCCUCUGGCCCCGCUCUGUCCCAGGAAAGGCCCACGUCCAGUGACUGCCCUCCUCCUCCCUUGUAAAUACCAGACAUGCAUUUGUACAGUGGGCCCUGUGCGUGUGAAGUCGUAUCCACGGUCUUUCUGACCUGCCACCUGCCACUCGUCCCUCCUACCCCACCCAGAGCGGGGUAGAGACGCAUGUGACUGACCCUUGUCCACGGUCUCUCAGAACCCUGCUAUAGCCAGAGAUCAAUAAAGAAGGGAGACCAGG